CUUGAUUUUAGAGAGAAGCUUUCUAUUUUCUGUUUGAAAAGAGAUUGCUUGACAUGGGAUUGUUACUCUUUCUGUGGUCUUUUACAUAACUAAUCAUCUCCUUGGAUUUCCAUUUACUGUCCAGUGAUCCUAUCAGACUGCGCACAUUCAAGCCAUGGCGACAGCCCCCGCUAAGUAUGUGAUAUUUGAUAUGAAUGCUAAUGGGGACUCCAAAGCAGGGAUGAGAGAGAAAAGAAAGCAUCACAUUGCAAAUGUGUUAAAGUCAGAAAGCCCCCUGGUGGUUUUCCUCCAAGAAUUUCUCUGGAAGGGUAUUCAUUCGAAACCAUGGGAAGAGUUUGGUAUUCCCGACCAUUUUCAGUAUGAAGGCCACAAUGAAGCAGGUUUCAUAUUUGAUACAAGGGAAAUCACAUACUUGAGGAUUGACAACAAAACAUCGGUGCGAAACAUGUAUGACACCAUGGUGAAGGAAAGUGACAUGGGCUCAGACUACUUUGAGCUGCCAAGACUUUGCGUCUAUAAAAUAGAGAGCAAAGGAGCUCCUAAUUUUGAGAUCCUCUGUGCCAGUUGGCAUGGUCCUUAUAAGGUGUCUAUGGAGAAAAAGCAAAAGGCCCUUGAUACAUUGGUCAAGUUUCUUUUGAAACUGAAAGUGGAAGAGGAGAAUAUUCCACUCUUGCUUGGGGGUGACUUCAACAUGUCAGCAUCUGCUGUGAAGAAUAGACUCCCUUCGAAUGACAGUUUGAUGCUAAACACGCCAGGUGACUCGUCUAUAGAUAUGUUCAUCGUGAGCUCCGAUAUAAUGCAACUAUUUAGCGUUUCAAAAGUUGAUACCAUGAAAAGUAAUGAAGCGUUUGACCAUUUGCAUUUGAAAAUAUAUUUAAUCCCUAAAGAACAAACAGGGGACGAAAGGCCACAACGUCCUCCUGAAGCGGAAAGAGGGAACAAAGUGGCACAAGGUCCUCGUGAAGACCAAACAGGGGACGAAGGGCCACAAGGUCCUCCUGAAGCGGAAAGAGGGGACGAAGGACCACACGGUCCUCCUGAAGCGGAAAGAGGGGACGAAGGGCAACAAGGUCCUCGUGAAGACCAAACAGGGGACGAAGGGCCACAAGGUUGUGAACAAACAUUGCCACCAACGAAGAAGAAAGCAUCGCCAUCAGAGGAUGAAUCCAAACAGAAAACUAAAGGCCAAGAAGGAAUGAGCCCUGAAAAACAAACAGAGGACGAAGGACCACAAGGUGCUCAUGAAGAGGAAACUGGGGACGAAAGGCCACAAGGUCCUACAACAGAGGACACAGGGGAUGAAGGGCCACAAGGUUUGCUACCAAAGCUCUAAAAGAACAAAUCGGGCUGACACAGUCUAGUGGUGAUGCUCUUAAGUGGACUAUUGCAUCAGUCAUAGGCUACUUGGGACCAAUAUAACCCAGAAUCCCUACAAACAAUGGUGGUGUUGAUUUUAAAUGUAUUUGGGAACAUUUCAUAGUAUAGGGGCAUCCCUCUCAUCCUGUAUGGAGGUAUUCUGAUUCAAUAAUGCAUGUAGAGGAUUCCAUCAUACAUGUGCUAAAUUUUCAAUGUUGAUCUAUGCUGAAUAAUUGUGGGAUUGGUUGGUAACUUGCAGUACAAUGAAAAAGAGUAGUCCACAAUGAGUGGUAGAAUGGAGUGGCGAGUGGGUCUGAGAAUCUAGCUUCAUGGAAUGGAGGCAUUGAACAAUGGAUAAUCAAAGAUCGUGUUAGUCGCUUCUUACGACAAGCAUGGGUUACUGAAGGCCAAUUCUAACCCGGAUCUUCACGGGUGUCGGCACUGUGAAAAUGUCCAAUUUCCUAAAUGUUUGUAU